UGUUAUUGGGGAGGAUGCUGAGAAUGACUUCUUUUUUAUGAUCCGAUGCUUCACAGGACGGAUCCAGAAGGGCUCCUUCUGCCACCAUCAUGCUCUUGUGUAAGCUGCGGCUGCUUUCCAGUCCCGCUUGCCAUUUUGCAUUCUUGAUUGUGGUGACGUUCGGGGUUCUGGCCCCUCUGACCUGCCACCACCUCCUGCACUCCUACUUCUACGUGCGCCGCUGGCACCUGAACCCCAUGAGCGAGGAGUUCCUGGCGCGGAGCCUGAAGGAGGGAGAGGCCGCCCUGCAGUACUUUAAGAAGCUGCGGGCCCUCAACGUCACGCAGCCCCAGGGCCGUGCCGAGCCGCCGUGGCUCCUCAUCACCGUCAUCACGGUGUACCGCAAGCCCGAGUUCCACUACGUCUUACAAGUGGUAUCGCAGUUCCAUCGCCUCCUGCAGCGGUGCGGCCCGCCGUGCCAGCGUUUCCAGCUCCUCCUGUGCGACGUGGACGACCGGAGCUUCCAGCACGCCGACGCCAAGAUGCUGGCCGACUUCAUCCCCGUGACCAGGCGCUUCUCCGAUAGCCAGCGGGCAAACGUCAGCGAGGAUGAAGACAGGAACUUGUUUGAGAAGGAGAAGCAGGACUACGUGUACUGCCUGGAGAAGUCCCUGCAGAACUACCACCCGGAGUACAUCCUCAUGGUGGAGGACGAUGCCGUGCCCGAAGCGGAGAUCUUUCAGGUCCUGCGGCACGUCCUGGAAAUGCGGCAGCCGCGGCUCAGAAACGCGCUCUACCUGAAGCUCUACCACCCCGAGAGGCUCCAGCACUACUUCAACCCCGAGCCCAUGCGCAUCCUCGAGUGGUUCGGCGUGGGGAUGCUCCUGGGGCCCCUGCUCGGCUGGGCCUACGCCAAGGCGGUGCGCCUCCCCGGCCCCAGCCUGCGCAUCGUCCUCUUCUUCUCCUUGUACAGCAUGGGGCUGGCGGAGCUGGUGGGCCGCCACUACCUGCUGGAGCUCCGGAGGCUCACCCCUGCCCUCUCCAACGUGGUGCCCACCACGGAGUGCUGUACGCCCGCCAUGCUGUUCCCCGGCCCCUCCGCCCAGCGCACAGUGAGCUACCUCCGCGAGGUGUCCUGCCUCUGGGGCUUUGCCAAGGACAUGGCGCUCUACUCCUUUCUGCAGAAAAAGAACGAGAGGGCCUACGUGGUGGAGCCCAACCUCGUGAGGCACAUCGGCAUGUUCUCCAGCCUCCGAAAUACCUAUAAGCCCAAACUGUUAUAAUGCUGAGAAAAGCCUUGGCCUGCGCCACUUCUUAGGGACGGCCAUGCUUAGCCCUGCAUUUUGGAUUCUUUUUUGUUUGUUUAACCUGGGGCUUAGCGGUGAAGUGCCUUAAAACUCCUAACAUGCUGACCAGGGGCCAGCAGGAUGCCAUGUGGAUCCCGAGAUUCUUCUGUAGCUUACCUAGAGAUGUCUUACGGAUUCUGGGUAUUUUGACUUUAACACACACAUGCACACUUUCUGUGAAAAGGAGGGAAUAAACGAGAUUAAAAUUGGUAUGCUUCUGAGAAAA